UCAGGAGGAGGGGACACGGAGACAGGAGAGCCAGGCCGAAGGGGCAGUGCGGUGCAGCAAUGUAGCUUCUGAACAGGUCGCGCAGAGGCCUCCGGGAACCCGGAAGUGAAGCUCGCCGCCAGCCCCACUCCUCCUCCAUACCUGAGCUUUUUCCCGCCUCUACUUCUUAGAAGGCCCUGGAUCUCCCUCCGCCUGGCGCCUCCAGCCUUGAGACGAGGCUGGAAAAGCUGGAAGAGCUUCUCCAGAGGGACUCACUGGGGCGGCUUUUCAGCCUGUAAAGGAAGCCUGGGGUACCCGGGAUGGUCUCCGAGAGGGACAGACACCCAGCCCAGGAGGUGGUGAUGUUCCAGGAUGUGGCUGUGGACUUCACUUGGGAGGAGUGGCGCCUCUUGUCUCCUCCCCAGAAGGAGCUGUACAGGGAGGUGAUGCUGGAGAAUGCCCGGAACCUGCUCUCUGUGGAAAGAGAGAUCAGACCUGAAAUGAAGCUGAUUGCAACAGAUUUGAGCCUCUCUGUGGAAGAAAUGAACCUACAAAGAUUCAUGAGUGAUUGUCCCGAUAACUUUGCUUUCAGGGAAUUCUGUGUUGCACCUCAAAAUUCAUCUGAUAUUGAACAUCAAGGAAUUCACUCUGGGGAAAAAUCUAGUGAAGAUAAUCAGUGUGGAAAGACUUUUAUGCAAAGGGCCAUUCGUGUGGGACAUCAGAGAAUGCACUCUUUUAAGAAACCUUAUGAAUGCAACCAAUUUGGAAAGACAUUCAGUCAGAGCUGCAGUCUUGCUAUACAUCAGAGAAUCUACACUGUGGAGAAACCUUUUGAAUGCAACCAAUGUGGAAAGCCAUUCACAUAUUACUCCAGUCUAACUAGACAUCAGAGAAUCCACACUGGAGAGAAACCUUAUGAAUGCAACCAAUGUGGAAAGACAUUCAGUUGCAGCUCCCAUCUUGCUGUACAUCAGAGAAUCCACUCUGGGGAGAAGCCUUAUGAAUGCAACCUAUGUGGAAAGACAUUCAGUCGGAGUUCCAGUUGUACUAGACAUCAGAAAAUCCACUCUGGGGAGAAACCUUAUGAAUGCAACCUAUGUGGAAAGACAUUCAGUCGGAGCUUCAGUCUUGUUGAACAUCAGAGAAUCCACACUGGUGAGAAACCUUAUGAAUGCAACGAAUGUGGAAAGACAUUCCGUCAGAGCUCUAGUCUUGCUGUACAUCAGAGAAUUCACUCUGGCGAGAAACCUUAUGAAUGCAACCAAUGUGGAAAGACAUUCAAUAUGAGCUCCAGUCUUGCUGUACAUGAGAGAAUUCACUCUGGAGAGAGACCUUAUGAAUGUAAGAAAUGUGGAAAGGCAUUUAUUAUGAGCUCCCAUCUUGUUAAACAUCAUAGAAUGCAUACUGGGGAGAAACCUUAUGAAUGCAACCAAUGUGGAAAGACAUUCAGUCUGAGCUCCCAUCUUGCUAGACAUCAAAAAAUCCACUCUGGCGAGAAACCUUAUGAAUGUAAGCAAUGUGGAAAGACAUUCUGUCGGAGCUUCAGUCUUGUUGAACAUCAGAGAAUCCACACUGGUGAGAAACCUUAUGAAUGCAACCAAUGUGGAAAGACAUUCCGUCAGAGCUCCAAUCUUGCUGUACAUCAGAGAAUCCACUCUGGCAAGAAACCUUAUGAAUGCAACCAAUGUGGAAAGACAUUCAGUCGCAGCUCCUAUCUUGCUAUACAUCAGAGAAUCGACACUGGGGAGACACCUUAUAAAUGCAACCAAUGUGGAAAGACAUUCAGUAUGAGCUCAUACCUUGCUGUACAUCAGAGAAUCCACUCUGGCGAGAAACCUUAUGAAUGCAACCAAUGUGGAAAGACAUUCAGUAUGAGAUCCAAUCUUACUGUACAUCAGAGAAUCCACUCUGGCGAGAAACCUUAUGAAUGCAACCAGUGUGGAAAAGGAUUCAGUCGGAACUCCAGUCUUGCUGUACAUCAGAGAAUCCACACUGGGGAGAAACCUUAUGAUUGCAAGAAAUGUGGAAAGACAUUCAGUCUGCGCUCCUAUCUUGCUAGUCAUCAGAGAAUCCACACUGGGGAGAAGCCUUAUGAAUGCAACCAAUGUGGAAAGACAUUCAGUCGGAGCUCCUAUCUUGCUGAACAUCAGAGAAUACACUCUGGAGAGAAGCCUUAUGAAUGCAACCAAUGUGGAAAGACAUUCAGUCGGAGCGCCUAUCUUGCUGAACAUCAGAGAAUCCACACUGGUGAGAAACCUUAUGAUUGCAAGAAAUGUGGAAAGACAUUCAGUCUGCAUUCCCAUCUUGCUCGACAUCAGAGAAUCCACACUGGGGAGAAACCUUAUGAAUGUAACCAAUGUGGAAAGACAUUCAGUCAGAGCUCCUAUCUUGCUGUACAUCAGAGAAUCCACUCUAGGGAGAAACCUUAUAAAUGCAACCAAUGUGGAAAGACAUUCAGUCGCAGCUCUUAUCUUGCUGUACAUCAGAGAAUCCACUCUGGGGAGAAACCUUAUGAAUGCAACCAAUGUGGAAAGACAUUCAGUCAGAGCUCCUAUCUUGCUGUACAUCAGAGAAUCCACACCGGGGAGAAAACUUAUGAAUGCAAGAAAUGUAGAAAGACAUUCAGUCAGAGCUCAUACCUUGCUGUACAUCAGAGAAUCCACACCAGGGAGAAACCUUAAUAAUAAAAGCUAUGUGGAAACAUGUUCAUAUGCAGCUCCAGUCUUGCUAUGGUGUUUAGGAAAUUUACUCUACCCCCCUUUCUUGGGCAGUAUAUACCUUGUUUGAGACUGAACUUGAUGCCGGUGAGGAUUAUGUGAUGGAAUCCAUUGAGUGAGGAUAGAAUGGCAACAAGAAAAAGGUAGCAAUAGAGUUGAGAGAUCAGGAGAUGACAACAAGGUGAUAUCCCAUUCAGUGCCCCCUGGACUGCCCUCCUGACAACACUGGCAAAAAAGAUAGCCAUGGUUGGCUUCUGGGAUGAGAUUUGUAAGUUAGUGGUGUAAAAAUGGAGAUUUUGAUCCCUAGACUUCAAUCCCGAGAAGUUCUUGGUAUUUCCCUAGAUUCCCUAUAAUUUCACCUCAGUCUCCACCUGGGUGAGAUCACAAUGAGUGUUUAAUUGGCAGUCUCUGCCUCCCUCUCACUGGGCCAUUGCAAUAAUGGGGUAAGUAAGGUGAGCGUGAGCACUCUGAAUGGGCUAAUUAGCCCUACCACAUGGUUUCUUAUUUUGUGUUUUCUUUAUUCCUUGAUUUCUAACAAUCCUUAAUAAACCUCAUAAAAUACAAUAUUUUAAUAAUCAGAGAUAUUUUAAUUUUUUCUAAAGAUAGCCUAGAUGAUUUUUUAAGCCACGUUUCUCCAAGGCUUUUCAGCAAAGCCUCUUGAUGUACUCGCACCUGCUGCCUGUUUGCCUGCUUCUGCUCUUGCCUCCAUUCAUUUGCUUUUGACCUGCUUGACCCAAAGUGCUCUCCUGUAUCCAACCCGCCUCAGCCCUACCCCAACUGAUUUCCAGCCUCUCAACCGGAUCACCCCAGGCCAGCUCCAGGACACAGACUUCUGGUAGCAGCCCCUUGUGUCUUAGAAACCAGCUGGUAAAAAUGAGGGUGUCUUUUCCUUAGGCUAUAAUUAUCCUCCACAUGGAAGGGAACCACAGUGUGGUGGAAUGAGGAAAAGGUAGAGACUUUUUGAAACAGGAAGUGUGGAGUAUUCUAUGAGAGAGCAGUGUAUUACUUAUUAUAAACAGCCUCCAAUUUUAGGAUUUUUUUUUUUUGAGUGUACUGAUACUUUCAUUAAUCUCAUCUGAGAUUCAGGAAAGGAAUUCGUCUCCCUGCAACUCUGUUGUUUGGGCCUGCCCAAUUUGAGAUUCCAAAAACCCACCCUCACUAUGGAUGGGCAGCUGGGUGGCUCAGUGGAUUGAGAGCCAGGCCUAGAGAUGGGAGGUCCUAGGGUAAAAUCUGGCCUCUGACACUUCCUAGCUGUGUGACCCUGGGCAAGUCACUUGACCCCCAUUGCCUACUCCUUACCAGUCUUCUGCCUUGGAAAGAAUCCCAUACUUCUGAUAAAUAGUAUCUCAAGGGAUAAAAACAACAAAACCCCAAGGAACUUUAAUGAGACUGGAGGUUAUAUUUUAAGGCAUUUCAGACUCCAAUGUUUUUUUAAAAAAUCUAUUUUAUUGCAUUUUACUGUUUUGUUUAAGAUUUUAUUUUGUUGGUUUCAAGUUCAUAUAAUAAUGUAUUCAAUACUAUUCUGUUACACUGAAUCAUUUUGAUGUACUGGGUUUUUAACUACUGUUAUAUUCUUUUGCUUUUCCCCUAUAACUACACUGAACAAAUAUUGAAUGAGCCCAUAUAAAAACAACUUUUUUCUACUUUUGAUUUUGUAAAUCGUCACAUAGAGGAUGGAUGGACUUCUUUACCAUUGUAUAACAACCUUUGAAAAAUUUAAUGAGCUAAAGGUCUCAAAUUGAUUUUAUGGGUACUUUAGAAGUGAUUUUUAUAUUUUUUUUUCAACUCCGCUCAUUUUUUCUGCCUCUAAGAGGAGGUAAGGUCCAUUUCAGUAACUGAGGUGAAAUACAAUUUUAAACCCCACCUACCACAUUUAUAAAAAAUGUGAAUGAAUGGGACAUCACAGUCUCAUACCAAAGGAGCUGGGAAGUUAAUCCCAGGGAAUGUUACCCAUGGAUGACUCCCAAAAGAGGAGCAUCUCUCAUUUAUAACUUCAGCUCACUUUACCCAACAUCAACAGUACAGUGGUUUCGUUUAUUUGUUUUUUUCCUAGACUCCUCUGCCACAUUUUUUAAUGAUAUCUAUAUUUCUUCAGGAUGUUCUAGACACAAAUGAGUUUUACUUAAUUCAAAAAAGUAUUUGCCAAGGUUGAAAGAUUUGCUACACCUAAAAAAAAUUGUGACCAAUAUCCAUCAGUUCAUAGGCUUUUAAAGAAAUGCCAUACAUCAAAUUAUGUGAAAUAUGAUAGUGGGUUUGUUUCCUAUUGUAAUUAACUGGGCUAUUGUGAAUUUUAGGGAUUUGCUUUACUACUGUUCUUUAUUUUUUUAAAAAACUGUUACUUUGUGAAAUUCAUUUCCUCAUACUCACACUUGAUCAUGGCCAGGUAUGAAGAGGAAAUGGAUCUCUAGUUUGGUGAGAAACUUUUGUAUUCUACAUUUCCUUAGCUGACAGAGUGUGUCAAUGAUUAUAAGCUAUAUUUUUGAAUUUUAAAACUUUUAUUAUAUUUUUCUUGCAUGUGCAAUAUACCAUUUCAGUUUCAUUUUUUCUCUCCUUUUUAUUUUUGAAGCACAUGUCAACAGUAUUAUGAUUUUAAUUUUUUUUAUUUUGCUGUAAUAUAAGUUUAAAAUAUAUUUGCUAUAAUGUCAAUGUAUACCCAAAAGCUUGAGACUAUAAAAAUGAUGCCAUUGAUUGUUUAAAAGAAAUUUGGGGACUUUGCUUAAUGAUUGUUUGAUUCCAGGACAAGGGAAUAAAAAAAAAUAAAGCUGAACUGCACAGUGUCAAAGGUGCACAGAUUUAACUUUAGUAUUGCCGAAAGAGCACACAGGUCAAAAAAAGGAGAAACCAAUCCAGGUAGGAUUGAUGCACUUUUAAGCCAAUACAAAGGACUUGAACUUAGUGUGACACUCGAGAUAACAACGCUUGGCAUAUGUUAAAACGUAGGACUUCUUGUAUCCACACUCCUUGUGAAAAUACUCACAGACAAGUAUCUCAAAUUUGUCUCCUACCUGGCUCCUAUAAUCUAGUCCCUUUUCCUUUCUUUCAUAAUGUGGCAACUCCUUGUAGUCCUGGCUACUAACUGGGUAAAUGCUUAAUUGCUUCCAUCAUUUUAAUUGGGCCCUGAUUCAAGGACCUGUUAUAGAUUUAGUUGUCCUUUACUUAGAAUUUUUACACAUAAGACUUUGAUAGUCUAUAUUUCAUCCAGAAAUUAUCUUUUUUAUUUUAGAUUUUUUUUACUUCUCUUACCAAUUGAUUCAUAUACCUCAAAACUCAGCCAUGUAUCCCUAAGUGAUCCCUGAGUUUUUCAAUCACCCUGUUCAGAAGGGCAUGUAAAAAUAUUAUUUUAAAUUGCAACAUUUAAAUUUCUUUUGAGAGUAAUUUUAGGUUAAGGAACAUGCUACCUCUCCAGAACAUGAACUGUUUGGAGGAGACACCAUGAAGAUGGCUCCACAGAUCACAAGCUACUACAGGAAGAUCCAGAUUGAACCUUGGGGUUCGGUUGAUUGAACUGAAGGUUGAUUGAAUAUUUAUUUUCUUUGUACACUCUUGUGCCAAAGGGGACUGCCCCUUAACUGGCUUUUUGUCAAUGCGCCAAUCAAUUAUUGGUUUUGUUCUCUUCCUCUUAUCUUAAAAUUAUUAUAUUUUCAUAGCUGAUAUGCUUACAAGACCCAUCGGAGAGACUAGUCUUCCUUGGGCCGCAAGGGGAAGGUAAAAAUGGAACCCCAGACUUCAGUCCCCAGAAAUCGUUGGUAUUUCCCUAAAUUCCCUAUAAUCUCACCUCAGUCGCCACCUAGGCGAGAUCACAAUGGGUAUUUAACUGACAGUCUGCCUCCCUCUCAUUCAUCAUUUCAAUGAUGUAGUAAAGUAAGCUAAGCGUGGGCACUCUGAAUGGGUAAUCAGCCCUUCCAAGUGGUUUCUUAUUUUGUAUUUACUUUAUUCCUUGAUUUCUAAUGAUCCUUGAUAAACCUCAUGAAAUACAAUAUUUUUAUUACUAGAGAUAACUUAAUUUUUACAGUGGGCUGAGAAAAGAUUUGAUAAACUGAAGCAAGAGCAGAUAUCCCAUCUCUUUCAGUUUUCUUGCUAGCUGGAUUUCCCUAUGAGCAUGGCUUUGGUGCCCUAAUGAUGGCCACAGAAUAGCAAGCUCAAUGGACCAGCAAGGAAAGUAUCUCCUAUUUUUCUCUCUUUUCUCCCUACUACCUUAGAUUAAAUAAAAUGAACUGCAGGCCAGUUUCACAUCACAGACAUUCACACUGAACUCUCACCUUGCUCACAAUCAGACAAUUUACGAUGUCAUAAGGUCUCCUAAGAUUUGGUCCAAAUGGGCAUAUGAUUUAGACCUAAAGUAGGAUCCCAUGAGAAAAUUGAGGGAACAUAGAAUAGUUUACCUUUAAGAUCAAUUUAUUGAUAAGGGAAGAUUUUAUGACCAAAUAAGAAAUUGAUAACAUUUGGAGGUAUAAAAUAGGUAGAUUUUUUAUAUUAAAUUCAAAACUGUACAAACAAAAGUAAUUGAACCAAUAUUAAAAGUGGAAACAAAGAGUUAUUUACAACUAUGUUCAAAUAAAUACUUUAGUUUUUAAAAAAUUCUAACCCUAUUCUCAAUUGUCUUUAUUUAUCAUAGCCUCUGGUUCUAAAGAGGAGUUAAUUUAGGAAUGAAAUAAUGUCUAUAUAAAUCACUUGAAGAUUUUCUCAAAAAUUUCUAUAAGGCAAAAAUUAAAAGGUAACAAGAUAUCUUGGAUUUCAAAUAUGAAAUAAAAUUGUUGACAUUCCAAUUGUGAAUUUUAAAAGUAUUCUGCCCUAAUUAAAAUCUCCAUAAAACCCAGCUGACUUGGGUAUUUUCAUAUUUGGGAAUUUUUCCCAUGGCGCCCACUUAUUUUUUUUUUAAACCCUUACCUUCCGUCUUGGAGUCAAUACUGUGUAUUGGCUCCAAGGCAGAAGAGUGGUAAGGGUAGGCAAUGGGGGUCAAGUGACUUGCCCAGGGUCACACAGCUGGGAAGUGUCUGAGGCCAGAUUUGAACCUAGGACCUCCCGUCUCUAGGGCUAGCUCUCAAUUCACUGAGCUACCCAGCUGCCCCCGCACCCACUUAUUUUUGAUUUAAAUCAAGACACUAAAAAUUAUCUUUACAGUUUUGGCAAUUAACAGUCAUGAAACCCACAUUUUUGUGGUCACAUAUGUCAGAAGAUUAUGCACUAUAAUUUAUACCAGGAAUGAAGGACUAGAUCAGUAUUAGGAAAACAACAGUAUAAUUGGACAUAUUAAUAUCAAAACCUACAAAAACCACAGGUUAUUUUGUGAUCAUAUUGGUUGCCACUUUUUACAGUGCAAUAGCAUGAUUACAUUCAUAUACCACAACUUGUUCAGCUGUUCCAAAAUUGAUCAGCAUCCCUUCAAUUUUCAGUUAUUUGACACACAAAAAAAAACCAAA